AUAGCGCUGCUUGGCGCUGUAGAUAAAGGACGCGGCGUUUCGUGUUGGAACAAGACGAUAGUUGCCCAUUUCAAGUCGCUGGAAUCUGUCAGAGCUGAACAGAAUGAAGCGCGGACUGUAGUGUUUGCGUCAGGCGCGUUAUUCUCCAUCGGAGUACAUACAGAGUUGAGGACAGGCGCACUUGUCCGCUGUGUCUCGGACUCUAUAUGGAGGGAUGUCGGAAUGGCUUGCACCAGGAGAACCAAAACUUUGGUGUCUACGUGUGUGAUACUAAGUGGCAUGACCAACAUAGUGUGUCUUUUGUACGUCGGAUGGGUGACUAAUUACAUCGCUAAUGUGUACAUCAAAGUGCCGAUGCCUGUCCCAGCCAAAAAGUUGGAGGGCGACAGGAAAGGAGAAACUCUGCGGAUUAUAGAGCGACUGGAUCGGCUGGAGAAUGUGGUUAAUCAGCACAUACAAGAGUCCCCGCUGAAAGGAGAUGACAAUCAGCUAGAUCGAUCUUUUUCUGACUCGUCCUUGUUCAACCACUGGGGCCAAGAGCUGGGGCCAGAGAGCCGCAGAGUGGCCCUCAAGAUGUUUCAGUAUUACGGCUACAAUGGUUACCUGAGCGACCGCCUCUCUAUGGACAGACCCAUCCCAGACUACAGACCUGAAGGGUGCAAAAACAUGUCUUACCCGUCCAACCUUCCGCAGGUUAGUAUAGUCUUUAUCUUUGUGAACGAGGCGCUCUCAGUCAUUGUGCGCUCCAUCCAUUCGGCCAUGAACAGAACCCCGCGCCACCUGCUCAAAGAGAUCAUACUGGUAGAUGACAACAGCAAUAACGAUGAGUUAAAGGAGAAAUUACAGGACUUUGUCAAGGAGACCAACGCCAAGCAGCCCGGUUUCAUUAAAAUGGUGCGGCACAGUAAGCAGGAGGGGCUGAUCCGCUCACGUGUGAGUGGCUGGAGAGCUGCCUCUGCCCCUGUGGUGGCCCUGUUUGACGCCCACGUAGAGUUCAACACUGGCUGGGCUGAGCCUAUUCUCCAAAGGAUCAAAGAAGACAGAACCAGAAUUAUAUCUCCAUCUUUUGACAAUAUCAAAUACGACACAUUUGAGAUUGAAGAGUACCCACUCUCCGCACAGGGCUUUGACUGGGAACUGUGGUGCCGGUAUCUGAACCCACCAAAAUCCUGGUGGAACUUGAACAACAGCUCUGCUCCAAUCAGGAGUCCAGCCCUGAUUGGCUGCUUUGUGGUGGACAGGGAGUACUUCGCAGAGAUCGGUCUGCUGGAUGAAGGCAUGGAGAUUUACGGAGGAGAGAAUGUGGAGCUGGGUGUGAGGGUGAGAAACUAUAUCAUUCUGAGCAGGCUAUGGGGUAAUGAGGAUAAUGGAUUCACUCUUGAAGGAUUAAUGACUCUAAUGGCCCUCCUUUCUUGGCAGGAUAGUUCAAGUUGGCACCAUUUACUGUAUCUCUUGUCAAAACGCAUUCUUUUGAUCUGGUUGAUUAAGGUAAAAGCAAUGAAAAGACAGGCUGCUGCGAGAAGGCAGAGGUGCUUUAGGCGCUACUACCUCUUACCUCACUUUACCCACAAUUCCCAGUGGGUUUCAUCUGUUUUCAGUAUAUUACGGCAGCACUACAAUGAGAUGGACUCAGGGAUAGACAUCGGUGACAUUGCAGAAAGGAAAGCACUGAGGAAAAAACUGCAGUGCAAGACCUUCCGCUGGUACCUAGUGAACAUUUACCCUGAGAUGAGAAUGUACACAGACACCAUCGCAUAUGGAGUGCUGAGAAACUCUCUGAAGACUGACUUGUGUCUCGACCAAGGACCAGACACUGACAACAUUCCCAUCCUUUAUCUCUGUCACGGGAUGUCACCUCAGAAUGUAUACUACACCAGCACUCAGCAGUUAUUCGUGGGCGUCUUGAGCCCCACCAUUGACGAUGAUGACAACAAGUGCCUGGUGGAUGUGAAUGGCCGGCCACGGCUCAUUGAGUGCAGCUAUGCUGUGGCUAAACGCAUGAAGCUCCACUGGCGUUUUACUCAGGGAGGCUCCAUCCAGAAUACAAAGUCAAAGCGAUGCCUUGAACUCAUGGAGAACAAUGACAAUGAGUUCGGAUAUCAGCUGACGCUCCAGAAAUGCACUGGCCAGAACUGGACCAUCACCAAUAUGUUGCCUGGUAGCACCUUAUGAUGGUACCAUCGAGACUGAGGGAGGACUGCAUUGACAAAUGAUGACAAGCUUAAGCACCUGGAUGUCUCUAUUUGACUUUGACAUCAUAUGAUAAAUGUUAAACAUUUUUCCUAGCUGCUGUACUUGUGCAUACUGAUAAGCCACAUUUGGCAGAUAUUGCAUUGUGUAUUAUAAGGUUCUACACUGUACUGAGAUUUAUUUUGUGCAAGGUAUACUUGGUUUUGUCUUGACUUGAAGGUUGUACCGGCUCCAAUGCACACAUUGAAGCCAUAAUUGCUACUAUGUAGCAAAGCUUUGACAACGUUCCUGCUGUAUUUCUUUCUAGUGUCUCAGGUUUGUAGGUUGAGAUUAUUUUGAAAUAACUCUGUACAUUUUUGGGACAUGCCAAUAUGUUGGAACUUAUCUAGAUACAAUCAACUGUUUUAUAUCUACAUGUAGUAAAUAUUCUCAGUAUUUAUAAUUAAUGGCAGUAAAAAACAAAUGCGAAGACGGUUUGUGAGUUCUGCUGAUCUUCAUUUUUCUACACAGGACCUUG